AUGGCGUCGUCAACAGAGAUGGACACGCUCGAGAUCGGCAUCAUCGGCAUGGGCGACAUGGGUCGGCUGUAUGCCACAAAAAUGAGGGAUGCCGGCUGGAAGAAAGUCAAUGUCUGCGACCGUCCUGAAAACCACGAAAAGCUUUGCAAAGAAUUGCAAGGUUCCGGGCUGAAUGUCUUGCGAGAUGGUCACCUUGUCUCGCGGCGGAGCGACUUUAUCAUCUACUCUGUCGAGGCUGCUUUCAUCGACAAGGUGGUCGAGCAAUACGGAUCUUCCACCAAGAUUGGCUCAAUCGUAGCUGGACAGACAUCGGUCAAAGCGCCGGAGAAGGCUGCAUUCGAGAAACAUCUCCCGCAGGAUACCUACAUCAUUUCGUGUCAUUCCAUGCACGGCCCCAAGAUUGAUCCCACAGGCCAGCCCUUGAUCCUCAUCCAGCAUAGGGCUCCCGACGAAAAGAUGCGACUGGUCGAGAGGAUCAUGGCCUGCUUCAAGUCCAACUUUGUCUACCUCACCUAUGAAGAGCACGACACAGUCACCGCCAAUACGCAAGCGGUGACACACGCUGCGUUCUUGUCAAUGGGAACCGCAUGGUGCUGCUCCAACCAGUACCCGUGGGAGUCGGAGCGCUACCCGGGAGGCAUUGAGACGGUCAAGAUCAACAUUUGCUUGCGCAUCUACUCUGCCAAAUGGCACGUCUAUGCCGGUCUGGCAUUGCUGAAUCCAGCAGCCAAGACGCAAGUGACGCAGUUUGCACAGAGCUGUACCGACCUGUUCAAGCUCAUGGUUGCCGAAAGGGAGCAGCAACUCAUGGAUCGCGUCUUUGCAGCGCGCAAAAAGGUAUUUGGAUGGGAGAAGGACGAGGAGAGCAACAGCGUCAUUUCUCGAACAGGCACCAGGGAAGAACGCAAGCCCAUCCUUAUGAGCGACAAGCUGCUCGACCGAUUCCACAUGGCUGCUCGCAAAGCCACCUCUUUUGUCGUCAACGGUGAUGCUGCCGCCGACAGCAGUGACGCCGCUACCGCUCUGUCUCAAUCUCCACCUAACUCGCAUCUGUCACUACUUGCCAUCGUCGACUGUUGGAGCUCGCUUGGUAUCAAUCCGUACGAUCAUCUCGAUCUGGCCGCAACGCCUAUCUUCAGGAUAUGGAUUGGCGUAUGCGAAUACCUCUUUCGCUCGCCCGAGCGUCUGCGACAGGCAUGUCAUGCCGCGGCACGAGAUCACAGCUUCAGGGCAGACGAUACUGAAUUUGUCAUUGCUUCUCGCGGAUGGGCGCAGGCAGUGCAGUUCGGCAACUUUGACAGUUACCAGCGACGCUUCGAGGAGACUAGAGGCUUCUUCGAGCACAGAUUCCAAGAGGCAGGCGCCGUGGGUGCAGAAAUGCUCAAAGUGGUGCUGGCAAACUAG